GCUGGCUCUGAGCAUCACUUGAGCUGCAGCUCAGCUGCUGGGCCUUUGGGGUGGGUUGGGGCCUCCUCUUCCAAAGAUGCUCCCUUUCCUCCUCCAUCCUCUCUGAAGCCCAUCUUUUCUUGAAGGCCCAGCACUGAGGGGUUGGCAGGAGACCCCAUGAGAGACUAAAUUGGGGCAAAUUCAAGCCCAAGGCCAGUGUCCUCUUGGCAGAUUGCAAGGGAGCCAUGAGUCCCAAAGGCAAGUCCCAGGCUGACCCAGGCUCAGGUGGGGAUCAGCAUCCAAAAAGAAUCAAGGAGGAAGAAGCUGAGGAGGGACUGCUGGAGAUUCAUCCCAAGACGCCCGAAACUCCUAGUGGGACUUUGCUCAAUAAAAGCAGAGAAAAUGGACCCCGUCACCCUGUCCUUCGGCAGAACGUCUCCAAACUUCUGACGCCUGAAUCUGGACUAAGCAACAAGGAAGGACAAAGGUUGGUCUGCAGAAGGGGGCCAGACCCCAGGACACCCCCUAACUUUGGGAUUUGUAGACCCUCAAUGGAAGAGAUGGCGCACUGGUGCCUGGAAUGUGGGAAGAACUUUGACCAAAAAGCAGAGUUAGAAAAGCAUCAGUUGAAUCACACCAGACGCCAUUCAUACAUCUGCAGCGACUGUGGGAGAAGUUUUCUGGACCACGUGGCCCUCACCACCCGCCACGGAACAUCCUCAACGGGGCAGUGCUUCAGCCACGUGGGGUGCAGGAGGAGACCCUUGCCCCCCUCGAACGAAACGGCUGUGCCAAGGAAGGAGAGGAAGGAGCUGUCCUUGCAGGAGAAAGUCCGGGUGUUGGAGAUGUUAGAAGGGCCCAAAGUCUCCCAGAGCGAACUCGCCAAAAGAUUCGGGGUCUCCCAGCCCCAGAUCUGCCGCAUCAUCAAGAACAAAGAGCGCAUCCUGGCCGAAUGGUUCAAGAAUGGCAACCCCGGGCGCAAACGCAAGAUGGAGGAGAAGGGCCUGCAUGGUGACGUCUCCCUUUUACAAUGGUUUGAGAGGAGCGGCGGAUCUGCCAACGGGAUGCAAUUGCAAGAGAAGUCCAGACUUUUGGCUGAUGCAGUCAGGAGGCCGCCGCUGGGUGCAAAUUUGGGUUGGCUGAGCAGCUGCAAACCAAGGCAGAAGAUUGAGCAGCCUCCAGUAGAGAAACCGAAUGGUGAAGCAAUGGAGGAAGAGUGCUGGAAAAACACCAUCCUCCCUGAUAUCCUGAGAAAGUAUGAUCCCCCCAAUGUCUAUGCUUGUAGUGAGGUUGGCCUCUUGUUCAGAGCAACCCCAGAGGGUUUGGCUUCAGAGAACAAGGAAGAAGACAAAGACAGGCUCACGGUUCUGCUCUGUGCCAACAUGGACGCCUCCGAUAAAAGGGACCCCCUGAUUGUGGGCAAGGCGCGAAGACCGUCGGGCUGCCCAGGGUUUGGUGUCCCGCAGGACUUGCUGCCAACAAUGUACAGAACCCACCACAAGGCUUGGAUGACGGCCACCAUUUUCAGUGAAUGGCUCUGGGCUUUCAACGAAGACGUGAAAAGCACACAGAGGCACGUGGUGCUUUUCUUAGCCCCAUGCGCUGCGCAUCUGCCAGCUGAGCUCUCCAACGUCAAGAUGGUUUUCAUGCCUCCGAACCCUUCCAGAUGCCAUCCUCUCGAGCAAGGGGUGAUCCAGGCCUUUAAGUGCCACUAUCGGCGGAGAAUGCUCACCCGUCUGGUCGUGGCAUUCAACGGAAGAGCUUCCAUGUCGAGGAGAAGGCUCUCUGAGCGCCUGACGCUUCUGGAUGCUGUGCAUUUGGCUGUCCAAGCCUGGUCCGAGGUUUGCCCACAGACCAUCACGAGUGGCUACCAAGUGGCUGGUUUUGUCGCAAAUCCAAGCAGACUCCUGGCUCCUUCCGCAGAUGUGGUUCGAGCUCUGGGGUUCAAGAACCAAGAACAGUUCAAGCAGUUUGUUUCGAUGGAUGAAGGGCUGGAGUGUUUUGGGGACCAAGAAGGGCCUGAGAUCCAGGCGGGUCAGGAAGUUUUGUGUGAAACGGGAGACGAGCCGGAGGAAGAGGAAGAGGAGGAGGAGAAGAUGGACAGCUUCUCUUUGGUGCCCUGCCCCACUCAGGCAGAAGUCAUGGAGAGUUUGGCCAAACUGAGACGCUGUUUCGAGUGCCACUCCGCAUCCUCCAACAUGUUCCAGGCUUUCUAUAAGCUGGAGGACAUGGUGCAUGGGAUGUUUCUGUCCAGAAUGCAAACCCUAAGGUCCAAGGCCUUGAGCCAAGAAUGAGAUAUAUCACCAGACAUGAGGGUCUUGAAUCUUAGGUAGAGCCUGAAUCUGGAGAGACAUUUAAUGCACUGUUAGUG